GAAAUUGAUCGGCCAGUGGAAUGUUCAUUUGUUUUGGACUGUUGUCAGUGUUGAAGGCGGUAGCUGCUGAUCUUCCGUUGUGAAUGAAAGGAUAUACAGUAUAAGAAAACUGCCAUGGGAGUGAAUGAAGGCAGAAUAAGUGAAAAGUUUGCACGGAAAGCAAACCUACACAACUCGCUUGUGCAGUUUUCCACGCAUGUGUAUUUCUCAAGAAUAGUGUAAAUAUAUGAAAGCAGUCUAGCAUGCACUUUCAAACAAACAUAAAAAGUAAUAGUGCAGGUGGCAAAUGAGAGUGACACUGACUGAGCGAUCCUGAUCCUUUUCACUUAGAAAAAAAAAUAAGUUGGUGCUGUUAUCAUGUCACAUUGGAAUACAUUUGAGAGAGAUCUGGAGAAGGAUGUGAAGAAACUGAUAAAGUCUGUCAGCGGCCUCCAGGAUGAGAACGAUGUUAACUUUCAGCUGGCGCUUAAGUUUACUUGGUCCAAUUUCAGGUUUCAUAGGUUUCUUGAUGUCAAUAGUCACAAAGUCCAAAAUACAGUUGAUGGCAUUCAUGAAAAACUUGUGGUUCACUCCGAUAUGGUUAAAGCAGAAACAUGGAAGAGGAUAACAACUGAGUUCCUUAACUCACCUCUUCUUAGUGAUGGAAAGACAAAGACAGAACUCCAUUACAGCAUUCUUUCGUUAUUACUCUUCCUUUCGGAUUCCCCUUCCAAUUCAAGUUAUACUGAAAGACCAAGACUGAAGGAGCCAGAUAGUGAAAAUUACUUUGACUGGGGCAAGUACCUCCUAGAAGGUGAAGAGAUUAUAUUGGGCCCAUAUCCAGACACUCCUGUAUGGUCAGAAGAUGAUGAUGAAGUGGAGGAAGAUAGUGAGCCUUUAAGUCGAGAGGAUUCUGGAAUCCAAGUAGAUAGAACACCACUUGAUGAUCAUGAUCAGGCAAAAAGAGCUGUUCAGGUUUCCUGGAAAGUUGGUGAACCAGAUGCUCGCACAUGGCUGGAACAGCAUGUGGUUACUCAGUAUUGGACUGCUAAAUCAUCUCGAUUCAGUCAUAGUUUACAUCUGCACUCUAAUCUUAUCAAUGUGUGGGAGCAGCAUUUAUAUAACAUCGAUCCCUUGUACACUCCUGAGGAGAAAGUCUUUGUCAGUGAAACUCAAGUGAUACGUGAGACCUUGUGGCUUCUAUCAGGAGUGAAAAAACUCUUCAUUUUCCAAGUGCAUGAUGGGAAGAUAACUGUUAGAAAUGAUGUUGUGGUUACUCAUCUGACAAAUAACUGCUUACGAUCAGUCUUGGAGCACAUAGCUGCAUAUGGACAAGCAGUUCUUAGGCUCCAGACCUUCAUUGAUGAUGUUACUGGAUACAGUAUAGAGUGUUCUCUGCCUGUAGUCCACAAUGGAGCAAAGAAAGCCUCUGAACCUCCUUUCAGAACCUAUCAGGCUUUCGUAUGGGCACUGUACAAGUAUUUCAGCAGCUUUAAACAGGAACUAACAAACAUCGAGAGGUGCAUCAUUGCCAAAGAUGAAACUAUCACACUGUCAGCAGUGUUGGAGAGGUUGACUCCACAUCUAGCCCAGCUGAAAGUACUUCAUAAAGUGUUCUGCACUGGAGUGGCAGAGGUUCCGCCUGACACACCAAAUGUUGUCCGUGCUUCCCAUUUACUUAAUACUCUCUACAAAGCUAUUAUUGAAUAUGACAGCAUAGGAGAGGCAUCUGAGCAGGCGGUGGCCCUCCUUUUUUUGCUGUGGGUUGAAACAGUGAGGCCAUACCUGGAAAUUGUGGAUGAGUGGAUUGUUCAUGGAAAUUUAUUUGAUCCUGCAAAAGAAUUCAUCAUACAAAGGAACAAGGAUGUGCCUGUAAAUCAUAGGGAUUUCUGGUAUGCUACAUACACCUUAUACAGUGUUUCGGAGACAGUUGAAAAUGAUGAAAAAUUAAGUGACACAGCAAGUGGCAGCUCUGCAAGUGACCAGGCUGCUUCUGCAGCUAGCAAACAACAUACUAUGGUCUCUUUCCUUAAACCAGUGUUAAAGCAGAUUAUAAUGGCUGGCAAGUCUAUGCAGCUGCUAAAAAACCUGGAAAAUAAAGAAAGCACUCAAGAGCAGCUUUCUCUUCGAGAUGCUGAAAGGAAGAGUCUGUACACACUGUUCCUGGAAUCUGUACAGUCAAGGCUACGGUUUGGAGAGGAGUCACCUACUGAUAUUGUAACAGAGCAACAAGCAACAAAGCGUAGCUUAAUCAAAAUGCAGUCCAUUGUAGCUCGUCACUUGGAGUUGGAUGAUGUCAAUGAUCCAUUGCUUGCUAUAAAUUUUGCUAGAUUAUAUUUGGAGCAAAAUGAUUUCCAUGAAAAGUUUACUGGAGAAGAUAUUGUCUUUGACCGUUCUUCAGAAUCUGUUACAUGCCAAACAUUUGAGCUUACCUUGAGGUCAUGUUUAUACCCUCAUAUUGAGAAGAGAUACUUUGAAUGUUGUGGCAAUCUCAUGCAAACACUAAAAAAAGACUACAGACUGACAGAAUACUUACAAGCAAUGAGAAAUUAUUUCCUAUUGGAAGCUGGAGAUACCAUGUAUGACUUCUAUACUGCAAUCUUUGACAAGGUGUUUGAAAAGGAAAGUUGGCAGCAACUGUCCUUCCUUAGUGUUCAGCUACAAGAAGCGGUUGGUCAGCGAUACCCUGAGGACAGUACAAGGUUGUCAGUAUUUUUAGAAAAUGUCGACCCAUCUAAGAAAAAACAGCCUAUUAAUAACUUGGAUGGUUUGACCCUUAGUUAUAAGGUUCCAUGGCCUGUUGAUAUAGUGAUUAGUUCAGAAUGUCAGAAGAUCUAUAAUCAAGUCUUUCUACUUCUGUUGCAAAUAAAAUGGGCAAAAUAUAGUCUUGAUACACUUCGUUUCAGUGAACUGUCAGCUGCAGUCAGAAGGAAUGAGGGAGGAUUGUUUGAUCAGGAAUCUGCCAAAGAACCCAUAAAACAACAAAUACAUCGAAUGUUCUUGUUGAGAGUGAAGCUGAUGCAUUUUGUUAACAGUCUGCAUAAUUACAUAAUGACGCGGAUUUUACACAGCACAGGCCUGGAAUUUCAACAUCAAGUGGAGGAAGCAAAAGAUCUAGAUCAGCUUAUUAAAAUUCAUUACAGAUACCUUUCUACCAUUCAUGACCGUUGCCUUCUUAGAGAAAAGGUCAGCUUUGUGAAAGAUGCUAUAAUGAAGGUUUUGAUGGUACUGAUGUUCUCCAGUAGAUGGCAAGCUGGUUUUGGAGCAUGGAAUGUAAAAUCAAUCGACAAAAUGGAAUCGGAUUUCAAAAACUGUCAUAUGUUCCUGGUGACGAUACUUAAUAAGGCGGUGUGCAGAGGCUCAUUCCCACAUUUGGAGUCCCUGGCCCUGUCGUUAAUGGCUGGAUUUGAGCAGUGUUGAACAGUUAGCACAGGAUAUUUUUUCAGAUAAAAUAUGUGCUACAUUACUGAAUUAUAAUUAACUUUAUUGCCCAAAAAUCAUAUCAAGAUGUCUUUUUGUUUGAAACCAGUUGUGAAGAGUUCACUGAAAUUUCACUGUUUAAAUAUCUAGCUCAUGGAAGCCCUUUAUCACUGCUAAGCCUCAUGCAUGUGCUCCCAAUGAUCUAUUUCCAGCUGGCAUAGACAACACAGUUUGGAAAUAAAUAAAAAUGGCAGUACCUAUCCUUCGAUUUAACAGUUAUGCUAAAGGCAAUAAUUAUACAGGGUACAGAUUUGAAAUGAUUUCAAAAUGUUAAUGUAAAUACAGAAGCUUCCUUUAAGGAUGCCUAUUUUUUGUUAUAAACAAUGUCUGUCUUGUUUGUUGUAUUUAUGCAGAAUGUCAUCAUAAUGGAAUAAACUUUGAUACUGUUAAAAGCAGUAGCUUAAUGCAU